GAACGAGGUGAAGGGAAGUACACGACUACACGUAGAGGGGUGGCAUCUGUCUGAGCUCCACGUAGCAUUCCCGCCGCAGUCAAACUAGGAAGCCGAUGGAUCCGUAUAACCGCAGUGUUUUCCGAUUACAAAACCCCCACCAUAGUUAACACAUUGCCCACUAUCUGCUCGCUCACCCGUCCCCACUAAUUUAAUACCAUCAACCCAACUACUAACUCGUUUCAGAUUUUCCGACUCAAAUCUCAAUUACCCAAAUCGAAGAAGAAUCGAGAGAGCGAAAAAUGGGGAGGAUUGAUUAUUUGACCAUGAAAACUGAUGAAGAAACAGCGGCAUUGCUGGAUUCAGACUUCAAUGAGCUCAAAGUUGCCGCCAAGGGACUCAUCAACCACGCCACCACUUUGGGUGGCGUCGCUUUUGGUACUUCUUUCCUCAGAUGGGUCGCCUCCGUUGCUGCCAUCUACUUGUUGAUCUUGGACCGGACAAACUGGAGAACGAACAUGCUAACUGCACUUCUUAUUCCUUAUAUAUUCUUCAGUUUUCCCGCAGUGUUAUUCAACUUUUUUAGGGGAGAAGUAGGCAAGUGGAUUGCACUGAUUGCAGUUGUACUGAGGCUUUUCUUACCUCGACAUUUCCCAGAUUGGCUGGAGAUGCCGGGAUCUUUGAUUCUUUUGCUGGUAGUUUCGCCUAGUUUCUUUGCACAUACUCUAAGAGACCACUGGGUUGGAGUAGCAAUAUGUCUUGUCAUCGGUUGCUAUCUACUGCAAGAACACAUCCGAGCAUCUGGUGGAUUCCGCAACUCCUUCACUCGAAGCCACGGCAUCUCAAACACGGUCGGCAUUAUCCUCUUGCUGGUGUUCCCCAUCUGGGCUUUGAUAACCCGUGUCUUGUGAUACCAUAUUCUACCAUCAAAAAGUACCUGUUAUUGAGUAAUCACUUGAUGAGAGCUGAUAAACUUAAACUUGUCCCUCUAUAUUUUCUUGUUUAUCUUGACAGAGAAAAGCUCAGGUUGGGGUCCCAAAUAAUUUGUUCUUGUGACCUGAUAUUUGGUUUGUUACCUUGAACUUCUAUGUUUGGUGUGAAACGCGGGUUCUCACAUAUAAUACAAACUGUUUUUCAAUCAAA